CAGAGGGUGAGACACGGUUGUGAGUUUAGGCAGACUUCAACAGCUCGUGCAGUGGUGGCUCAACGUUAGUCUAAAGACAUGAGGGUGGCAGUGAUUGGAGCUGGAGUUAUCGGCCUGUCAACAGCUCAGAGCAUCUAUGAGCGGUAUCACUCCAUCGUCAGCCCACUGACCAUUGAGGUGUAUGCAGACCGUUUCACUCCACUGACCACCAGUGAUGGAGCUGCUGGCUUCUGGCAGCCGUACCUCUACGAUAAGGGCAAUGUCCAGGAGACAAAAUGGAAUAAAGAGACAUUUGACUACUUGCUGAGCUUCCUCAGUUCACCAGAUUCUAUACAAAUGGGUGUAUUCCUUCAGUCUGGCUACAACCUCUGCACUGAACCAGCCCCAGAUCCCUCAUUUAAAGAUACCGUCCUGGGCUUCCGACGGCUCACAGAGCGAGAGCUGCAGAUGUUCCCUGGUUACACUUUCGGGUGGUUCAACACGGCUCUCAUGGUGGAAGGAAAAGCAUACUUACCUUGGCUGAUGGAUUGGUUGCAAAAAAGAGGUGUGAAAUUUUAUCACAGGAAAAUAGAGUCCUUCAAGGAGUUGGCAGAAAGUGGGGCCGAUGUGGUAAUAAACUGUACUGGGGUGAGAUCAGGAGAGCUCCAGCAGGACCCUGACCUCAAACCAGGCCGCGGUCAGAUCGUGAAGGUGGAUGCACCGUGGCUAAAGCAUUGGAUUAUUACCCACAAUUUUACAAAAGGAACCUACAAUUCACCAUACAUCAUUCCAGGGAGUCGUCUGGUGACAGUUGGUGGGCUUUUCCAGUUAGGAAACUGGAGUGAACAGAACAACUCCAUUGACCAUAAGCACAUUUGGGAGGAUGCUUGCAAGCUCGAGCCAAGUCUUAAGCAUGCCCAGAUAGUAGAGGACUGGGCCGGCCUCAGGCCUGUUCGCAGCAAAGUGCGACUGGAGAGAGAGACCAUACAGUCCGGUGCAACUAAAAUAGAGGUGAUACACAACUACGGCCACGGAGGUUUCGGACUCACCAUUCACCGAGGCUGCGCCCAGGAGGCGGCGAGGCUCUUCGGUCAGAUUGUGGAACAAAAGGGCAAAGGUCCAAAAGCUCGUUUGUAAAGUGCAGCAGAUGUGAUUGGUUCACUCCUUUUUUCAAAAUUUGUUCCAGUGCCUUGUAUCUCACACUAUUCUUGUUUUUAACUAACAUUCAAACAAACGUAUAUUCAGAUCCAAAUUCAUUUUGGGGAAACAUACCACUUUGAAACAGUGUAAUGUUUGUAACUUGAAAGAAGAGAAGCUCCAGAUGCUUUUCCCGUUCAUCAACCAGUAACAGUUGGCUCAUUAACAUGUAACAAAGUCAUAAUUAAAUCCAUAUGAUCAGUUCAUUUAAAAAUGUAUAUAAAGUACACAUAUCUUUGACAACAUUCUCAGUAAAUGUAGAAACGUACUGAUA